AGUUAAAUAAAUAAAUAUAUAAAUAUAUAUUGAUGCAAUCGACCUUGUAACGCGAGCCACCGUCCUCUUUAGCAAAACGAUCGCGUAAUUUCGCAAGUGCAUUCAAUGAAACUUAUAGAGAAUGUAUCCAGCAGUUAAACACUUUUAUAUUCUAUUCAGUCCGGCCGGCCGGCCGCUUAAUUAAUCCCAUUUAUUUAUUUCAUUAUUACAAUUAUCCAUUAAUUUUCCCAUCCUCUAAUUACUUACUUCUAUUAAUUACUAAUUAUCAGUGGGUCAAUCACUGGGGGUCAACUAAUUGGGACUAGAUUACGGCUAGAGGAAUUUUUUGAUAAAAUGUCCCUGACAUGGUUUCAAGUUCAUUUGCAACAAACUGCAAAUAUUUAUGUAAAAGGGUGUUAUAUAUAUAUGUAUAUUUAUAUAUAUGAGUAUUUAGAAAAGUGUUGAAUUGAGAAGGGGAGAGAGAUUGUUAAUCAGUGGUAUUAGAAAAUAGCGUUUGGUUGCUGAAACACGUGUCGCUGGGCUGGAGCUCAUUUACUUGGGCUGGAGGUGUUGCGUCGCGCAACGCGGCUUAAGAUUGAGAUUGAGUUGUAGCAUUAUAUAUAUAGAUAAUUUUAAACGCAGAGUCAUUGUACUUGUUCGCCAUGGGAUCGAGAGCUGGUGUCUUGGCGGUCUGGUUGAUCGUUUUCGGUGACGUUCGAUUUUGCUCGGGGCUCGAUCAGAAUCCCAACACGGAUUUGCUUACGCCAGAUUUAAUAACCAAAUACGGAUAUCCCGUCGAAGCGCACAGAGUAGUAACCGAGGAUGGUUACAUUCUCGAAAUGCAUAGGAUCCCUUACGGACGAUUCGAAAAUCGGCGAGUGCUAAAAUCCUCGAGGUUCAACCGGUCUCCAGUUCUUCUGCAGCAUGGGCUAGCUGGCAGUUCUGCGGACUGGGUUCUAACUGGUCCAGAAAAGUCUCUGGCUUAUAUGCUUGCCGAUGAAGGCUACGACGUCUGGUUAGGAAACAAUCGUGGGAACAUUUACUCGCGUCAUCAUCGUAAUUUGUUAUCAACUAAUCGCACAUUCUGGGACUUCAGUUUUCACGAAUUGGGAAUUUACGAUCUGCCGGCUAUGAUCGAUUAUAUAUUGGAAUUAACGUCGAGAUACAAUCUGCUGUAUGUCGGGCAUUCACAAGGCACUACGCAAUUCUGGGUAAUGACCUCGAGUAGGCCUGAGUACAAUGACAAAGUAAGUCUGGCAGUUGGCCUUGCACCCGCAGCAUACACUAGUCAUAUGCGGGGACCAGUUACGACACUUGCUAAGUUGACAUACUUUGGUGUGUGGGUAGGUGAGAGAUUCGGUUACCCUGAGUUCGGGUCUCGGUCUCCCUGGGGCAAGUUCGUUGGCAACUUAGUCUGCCACGGAGGCGCGCCGACGCAGUUUCUCUGCAGCAACAUUUUGUUCUUAAUCGCGGGGUACAGUCAAGGAGAGUUAGACGCAGGAAACCUGACGGUCAUAAUUGGCCACGUGCCUGCGGGCGCCUCCUGGAAGCAGUUCGUCCAUUUCGGCCAGGGUUUUAUUAAUCCUGGACAUUUCCGAGCGUUUGAUUAUGGAGAAAAUAAUGAUAAAAAUUUAAAACUUUACAAUUCAUUGAUACCACCAGAUUAUCAACUUGAAAAAAUAAAAACACCUAUCGCACUUUACAGUAGCGAUAACGACUGGUUAGCAACACCUGAGGAUGUCGACUUAUUACGAUCCAAGCUACGCAAUAUUGUGAUGGACUACAAAGUAGAGGGCAGACUUUUCAAUCAUUACGAUUUCCUGUGGGGCAAUUCGGCACCUGAAUUAUUAUACCAGCCAAUUAUUAGAUUAUUCCACAAAUAUCGAUGACUUUAUUUUUAAACAAUUAAAUGUUGGAUGAAAAAAAAAAAUUAUGCAUUUAUUGUUUCUAGUCAGAGUUGUUUUGUUUGUUAUUAUCAAAAUUUCUGCUAAAUUUUGUUGAUUUGUAAUAAAAAAUAAUAAAGUAUU